CUUCGACAAAAUGGCUGAUUUUCAAGAAGAAAGCUUGGAGUCUUUUCUUGUCAGAUACAAGACAGCGGACAAAUCAUUCUCAGAAUUAAAGAAAGAAUGUGAUACCAAACUUUUUGCAGUCCUCGAUCUGAACUACAGCUUGAGUCUCGUAACGAUUCUUGGUUUAGGGGAAGUGGAUAAUUUGGCCAUUACGAAGGAUAAUGAAAAAGAUAAGGACAGGGUUAUUGCUCUGUUUUGGAAGUGGAAAGCAACCCAAGGAUAUGAUGCAACGUAUCUGGCCCUGAUAUCUGCUCUUCUGAAAUGUAAAGAAGUUGAAGCUGCAGAGCAGGUUUGUGGCUACGUGUACUUGGGUAUGGACCUGUCUAAUAUUUCUCCAGCAAGUUUGGCAACUGAAGGAUCUUUGGAAAGACAACCACAAGAUGAGCCACACAAAAGAUACCUCCCAAUUAGUUACUCAAAAAGUGAGCAAGCGAAGGCUCCUUGUGAAAAAGACACCAGCAACAUUGCUUGGCAGAUCUUUGACAAAUGUCAUGAUCAACUGGUUGACAUCAUCAGGGGUGAUGAUAAACUUUGCCACAGUUUGUUAGAGGAGCUGUAUCAAUGCUUCCUUAUUGGUUCAGCAGAGAAAGAAGUCAUUCAGCAGUUGCCGUGCAUUGACAUAAGGAGCAAAGCAAUAAUGGGACGCGUCUCUACUUUUAUUAGCAAAGGAAGAAAUCCAAUCGGGUCCCUAGCUAAGUUAGUGUCUGUUCUGAAGAGCUUUGAAGUAUUUUCUGCCAUAAAUAGGAACUUAUUGAUGGAAGCUCGUUAUGCUGACUUGAAACUGAGAGAUGUACAUGCAAGUCACUCGGCCAAGAAAUCACCACCUGUAUCAGACAAAAUAACAACUUCUGCUACAAAAUAUGAUGAGGAUCUAAUGACUGAUUCCAUUAAGAAAUAUUCUCGUCAUAUGAAGCUUUAUUAUAAGAAGCAAAAGCCUGACCCAAAGUGGUCAAUGGAUAGUGCCCCAUCAAAAGUUUAUGUAGACUUAGCAGUUCUUAACAAAGAUGAAGUCUGCUCUGAUCCUUUCUCAAAAUCGACAAUACAUGGGAUUGAUGAUGAUAUUUUUCAGCGCAAGGAUCCACUCUCAGUAGAUGAGCUGUGCAACAUUGAGUAUGGAGAUGCCAUUUUGAUUGAAGGUGCUCCUGGAAUAGGGAAAUCAAUGCUUGCAUUUGAGAUAUGUAGCCGAUGGGUCAAAGGAAAAGCGUUAAUGGGCUACACACUGCUGUUAUUGUUUCGUUUAAGAGAAAAAUUUGUACAAGAUUGUGAGACCGUUAAAGAGUUACUGGGUUGCUUCUUGGUUGGUCAGUCAUGGAAGGAGGAAGUUGUUAGAGAUAUUAUUGAUAACAGUGGAGAGGGUGUCAUUAUUAUUCUUGAAGGUUUUGAUGAGCUACCUCAUGAGCUUACCACACCUGAUUCAGUAUUUUUAAAGUUGUCUUUUGAGCUCCCAAGUGCAUCUUUUAUCUUCACUAGUCGUCCAUCAGCAAAGCAUUGCUUAAAACAGGAAAUUUUAUUUGAGCGUCACGUUGAAGUGAUUGGAUUUACUAAGCCAAGCAUUGAAAAAUAUGUUACUGAGUUUUUCAAAGGGAACAGUGAGCAUAUUACGAGUUUUAAUCAACAUCUAGAAGAGUCACCAAAAAUAAGAGACUCUCUUUAUAUUCCUGUCAAUCUCGUUAUUGUAUGCACCAUAUUUGAGCAGUCCAUUAGAAAUGAAGAGCAAGUUCCGUUAAAAGGCAUUGUAACAUCAACCAAAUUAUAUGAUGUAAUGAUUAAAACAUUAUUAUAUCGACAUAUGAAAAGUCAGAAUCCAGCAAAAUCAAUUAGUAUACCAGAUUUGAAUAGAUUGCCUUAUAAUCUUGCUAUAGAAUUUAAGAAAAUUUGUGAAAUAGCAUAUAAUGGCCUAAGAGAAAAGAAGACAAAGCUUUUAUUUUAUGCAAAUGAUGAAUUUGAGACCUUCGGAAGCAACUUUGAAACUUUAGGCAUAAUGCAGAAAGAAAUUCAACUUUAUCCAGGAAAAGGUGAUGUUGUUGUUUAUUCCUUUCUUCAUCUCACUAUUCAAGAGUUCCUUGCUGCCUAUCAUGUUAGCCAGCUACCUCGAAAAGAAAUCAAGGAACAUUUUCACCGAUACAAAAAUGUAAGAAAUUUGGCGACAAUGCUUCGGUUUCUAGCUGGGCUUACUGAGUUAAAGUCAAUCACAAUAAGUGUAAACAAAGAAUUGUACAACAUGAAUACAUUGCAUUGCUUAUAUGAGUCUGGGGAUGAGUCUAUCAUAAGUCGACUAUUCAACAAAAGUCAUGAGAUAUUCAAAAUUCGUCGACUGCUACCAAAGGCCACACCCCAAGACAUGUACAUAAUUGGAAGAUGCAUAGCAUUGAGUAAAUGCCAAUGGGAGCUGAGUUUUACGCUUCGUGGUGUAACUCAUGAUCAUAUUGAGAGACUUCAGAGAGGAUUAUAUUCCGAGAAAUUUAUUUCAUGUAAAAUAAAUGAAAUUAGUUUCUCACUUAAUCCUAUUGGAGAUGAAGGAAUGAUAAAGUUGUUGUGUUUUCCUGAUCGUAUUCUCCACCAUUUGGUUUCAUUACGUUUGUCAACUUGUGAACUACAGCUUCAAUCAGCUAUAGAAUUUGCCAAACGUUUUGAGAAGUUUCAUAACCUGUCUACCCUUUUGUAUCACAAUAAUCGAUUGCAAGAAGGUGAUCAACGUUCUCUCCUUGAAGCAAUGAUUCCUAUGCAUAAUAUUAAACGGGUUUCUUUCUCUAAGCUUAGUUCUGAAGAGUGCUCAUUGCUAUUGACAAAAGUAACUAAUCUUAGCACAGUUGAACUCUAUCAAUUAGGAUCCGAUAGUAUCAAAGCAAUAGUUGAAUGUGUGCCCUGUGCUGCUUCACUUCGAGUUUUACGUAUUGAACAAUCGCAAUGUGCUGUAGAGAACCUCAACCAGUUACCCAAGGCACUCUCCUCCUCUACUCUAGAAAACCUAGAGCUAAUCAAUUGUAACAUUAACUUUGACAUUGUUCCUAUUAUUGUUGAAGCUGUGUUAGAAUCAACUCAUUUAGCAACCCUUGGCCUUCGAGAUAAUUUCAUUGGUGAUAAAGGAGGCUUUUUAUUGUGUAAAAUGCUGAAACAACUUUUUUCUGGGACUACUACCAAUAGACGCCAUAAUAGUUUAAAGUUUCUUGACAUUGGGCAUAACAAUUUCACAGAGGUGGGAGUAUCAGAUUUUGUAACACUAUUGGCUUCUUUGAAAGUUGCAGAUUGCGAUUUUGCUCUCUUUGUAUCCCUUAGUUGGAAGGAUUUUGAAACAAAAUUUAACUGUUAUUCAGAUGCUGAGAAAUUUUUAAAAUUUGAUCGUAAUGAAGAUUGAUUUGAAUUUCUACUAACGGUGAUCUAAUCUUUUUAUUAAUAAUUUAUUUGUUGAUACUUGCUUUUUAGUAAUAAUUUAUUUGUUGAUACAUGAAUAACAGGA